GAGAGUCGGUCACCGAAACCGCCGAGAAUGCAAGAACGCCGGGAAGCAUAUUAUUCCAAGAACAACACGUUGACAGCUUACCAUAUUUGAUGAUACUGAACUCGAAGUGUUUCCUAAUCCAAGCAUGGCACAAACUACACCUAACGAAGGGAUAUUGUCGCUUACAAUACCUGCACUACAAAAUGCACUAGUCGCAAGUGGCCCUGGAAAAUUAGUUGUAUCAAAAUCUAUCAAAGUCCCGGAUAUCAAGGAGGAUCAGGUCCUAGUGCAAGUUAAAGCAGUUGCAUUGAAUCCAUCCGAUUGGAAAAUUCUAGACAGAUCAUAUACGUCUGGGGCCAUCGCCGGCGCUGACUUUUCAGGAAUUGUGUGCAAAGUUGGGAACCAAUUAUCCAAAGACUUACAUGUUGGUGAUCGGGUUUGCGGCGCUAUUUUUGGUUCAAAUCCUUUGUGUCCGUCAAAUGGAGCAUUUGCAGAAUACCUUGCAGCGACAGGGAAUCUUUGUAUGCUGAUUCCAAGCUCCAUGUCAUUUGCCAGUGCUGCUUCGCUAGGAAUAGGAACGAUGACCGUGGGUUUGGCACUCCGAUCACUCGGAAUACUCCCAUCCGAUCUUGAGUCACUCGAUUCUCUGUCCCAAAAAGUGCCCAAGUCCGCAGCAGACGAACACCCUUUUGCAAUGGUAUACGGCGCGUCAACAGCCACUGGCACACUAGCGGUGCAGUGUCUUGGACAUCUGGGCUACCGCCCAAUCGCUUUAUGCUCUCCUCGGAAUUUUAAACUCGUGAAAGAAAGAGGAGCAUUCGCAGUUUUUGAUUAUGCGGAAUCGCAGAGUCGGGAGGAGAUUCGGGAAUUGACAAAGGGAGAUUUGACCAUCGCUUUAGAUUGUAUUACUACUUCGAAGUCGACUACCAUGUGUUACGGAGCCAUCGGGUGUCGCGGAGGUCGCUAUACGGCGUUAGAAUCUAUUCCAGCACGUCUAAACCGCAGAAGGGCAGACGUGAAGCCGGAGUGGAUUUUAGCACUGAGUGUAUUCGGUGAACCGGUGCACCUGGCAGGCGAUUAUUAUCGUGAAGCAGCCGUUGACGAUCAUGAUUUUGCAGCAGCUUGGAUACAAAAGGUCGAAGAACUAUUGAAGCUCGAAAAGCUCAUCCCACAUCCCAUGAGAACAUAUCGAACUGGCUUGAAAGGGAUUGUAGCUGGUCUGGAUAGGUUACGCAAAGGAGAAGUAUCAGGUUGUAAAGAAGUGUAUAUGUUGGGUGUUUGAUGUCUGUUGAAAGGGUGCCCCAGGUUGAGAACCCGUGCUUAGUCAACACCGCGCUAUGUAAGGAUUACAUCUCGAACAACUUUUCACGAACUAUGCUACUACCAAUGACUUGCAACA